AUGCUGAUGGGUGGUGUGUUAGCGGCUACUAAAAGGAAGUGGGAGCCGUUUUGGCGCUCUGUACGAACAAGAAGAAGAAGGCGAAGACAAAAGCAUAUCAGAGGCCAAUCGAUACGUUACGAUGUCCGCAGUUUGACUGUAACAGAGCUUUGUCUAUUGAACAAAAAACAAGCGCAGGAUGGUGCAUGUCGAAAUACUAUAUAUCAGAAUCAAGGAUGUGUAAAUAUUCUUGAAGCAAAACAAAUCUUUGACAGACCCUUACAACCGCGUGGCAUUUUCUCAUCGUUUGGAGACAAUGUUGACAAAGAAAACUUCCACAUAUACAUUGUGCUGGAGUACGAAGAUCCAUUCUACAUAACCACAUUGGCAUUGCAACUGCAAAACUUGAUGGCAGACGACGACAUGGAAAGAGAGAGAUUGCUACUUCCUGAACAGUCAACCCAGACUGCCGAUGAUAGCGCACCCGCGCAAGAAGAAGAGUGUAAACUAAAGAAAGUAUCUGCUGUAGUCGCGGCCGGUUGCAGUACAUCACCAAUAGGAGAAGCAUCCGGAAAUCGCCUUAACCCCGCCACAAAAGCAGCGAUAUUUGCGGCAUCUAUCAAAAAUACGCCAAACUCGCGUUCGCCACAACCGGAACGUGCAAUGCAGAAAGUUUCGAAAGUGGUACGCCGCUCUACCAUCGAACUUUCGCAGUACCUCUAA